CGGAAGUGACGCGGGGUGCUCAAAAGAGUUAAGCAAAGCAUCUGGGAGCAAAACACCAGCUAGCUUAAUUUUUCAUUUUUCGCCAGAAGACCAGAGGAGGAGACUAUCGGACGGUCAGAACUGUCAACACAUCCGUGACCACAAUGAAUCCAGUUUACAGCCCUGCACCAACAGGGGUUCCCUUCACCAACACUAAGGGUUUAGGCUACCCAGCAGCAGGAUUUCCUGUCGGCUAUGCGACAGCUGCCCCGGCAUACACUGCCAACAUGUACGCAGGAGCAAACGCAGCCUUCCCCAGUGGUUACGCUCCGGGGACUCCUUUCAAAAUGUCCUGCUCUCCCAACACAGGGACCGUCCCACCUUACUCCUCCACACCAAACCCCUACCCUGCUGCUGUUUACCCUGUCAGGAGCACCUAUCCCCAACAGAACCCCUAUGCACAGGCGUUAAUACCUUCACAACAACAAGGCCCUUACUACACACAGCCACUGUAUGCUGCGCCGCCUCAUGUCAUCCAUCACACGACGGUGGUCCAGCCGAACGGCAUGCCUGCAGCCAUGUACGCCCCGCCUAUCCCUCCUCCCCGCCCCAACGGCGUCGCCAUGGGAAUGGUAGCCGGCACUACCAUGGCCAUGUCAGCUGGGACUUUGUUGACAACUCCAUCACCAGCGCCUGUUGCCCCUCACCCAGUCACGAUGCCCACAUAUCGGCCCCCUGGCACACCCAGCUACAGCUAUGUGCCCCCGCAGUGGUGAAGAGAGGGAAGCGUAAGGAGAUGGUAGAUAUGCAUUCACACUCUACUCCAGUGUUGAAGGCCUGCCCUGGCAGCGUCUGCAACCAGUUACUCUUCUUCCAGCAUAAUGUGAAUCUUAUACCCAACUACAUAGAAAGAGGCCCAUUUGGAUAGGGGGUGGGGGUAAAGAAUAGGCCCAUCCCCAUCAUCCCUCUUAAUGGAACAAGGCUGCAUUUCACGCCGCACCCCCAGCGCCAGCACCUCUACAACUUUCUGCAUAUCUCACGUCAAACUGCAGCGCUCCAUACAAACUUCUCGUGGACUGUCAUGCAGGGUUUUAUAGCUUAAACUAUUAAGAGGUGAAAAGGGAGUUUGGAAUAGUUUUUACUUUUGUUUUAAUUUGGGGGAUACAUAUGACAUCGAAUGCAUGUGUAUAUAUAGAUAUAUGAAGUAAUGCUAGCUCAAUCUACCUGCUGUGACAGAUGCAAAUUCAACAAGGCACACAUCCAAAGGAACUAAAAAAAAAAAAGUAAUAAUCUGCAAUGCUGAAUCACCAGUGACCAUGUCUUAAAUGUGAAAGAAAAGUCAAGAAAUGUUUGUUCAUGCAAAAAUAUACCUGCGAUAUCAAGCGCAGUCCACCCUGUACCAUUUUCACCGCUUUGUGUUCAGGUCAGUCUUUAUUGUUUCUUUCAGUGAUGCAGCGUAUGCAUUAUGUCUUACCAUUUUUGUAUUUUAGGAAAAAACAUGGGACUUUGGGUUUAUGCUUCUGACUGAUGGCCAUUCCAUACCUAACCCAUUCUACCUGUUUUAUUUUCAACAUUUUAAAAAAGAAAGAAAAAAAGUACAUUUUUCCAAACUUCUAAAGCAUCUCUCCACUUGGUUCACAUAUUCACUUAUUUUAUCCAGAAGCGCUCAUGGGAAAACAAGUAGAGAGAGUUGUUAGAAAUCAUUUGCAUCCAUUUAAUGAGAGUGAAUGAGUGGAAACAGUGUUGUGUGUUGGUGUGGGCAUGAAAGUGGACAAAAAGAGAAACCAUUAAAAAUGGUGCCAAUACAGUGCGACAUGCUAAGAAUGUUAGGCCUACAUGUCACUAUUAUCUAUUUGCUCUUAAGUAGUUCCAAAGCACUACAUCAUAAAAUCACUGCUAACUGUGGGCAUGUUAGGACAACAUGAUAUUGUUAAACUCCAUUUGUGAAUAGCACUACUGAACGAAGGCACUAAUUCUAAAACCGUUUGUAAAGAUAUUUGACCUUUUGACAUUGCUCGCUGUUUUACCUCAAGGUUCCAGGCUAACACACCAAUAUCACUGUUUCAGACAUGCUUUUCUAUGUUGCCUCAGUCACCUCAGUUAAAUAAUCUGUUUUGUAAAUGUUAUUUUGUGAUUUUGGUUUCCUGUUUUGUAUUCUAAAGAAAGACCAAAAAUAAAAACAAAUAUAAGGAUAA